AUGGCAGAAAUUACCAUCACUGGCGCCGGCGGUCGCAAGAUCCAAAUCCCAACCGGUCUCUUUAUCAAUAAUACAUUCAUCCCUUCCACUACCUCCGAAACCCUCACGACCGAAAACCCCACCACCAACACCCCCCUCGGUCAAGUCUCAGCCGCCCAACCCUCCGAUGUCGACGCCGCAGUCUCUUCUUCCAAGGAAGCUCUCAAGACAUGGAAGACUAGCCAGCCUGCCGAGCGACGAAGGUUGCUUAACAGACUAGCUGAUCUGAUUGAGCGAGAUGCUCAAGAGCUGGCUUCAAUUGAAGCAAUUGACGCUGGCAUGUUGUUCAACAUGUCACUCGGCUUCUGCAUUGUCCAAGCUGUCGAGACACUUCGAUACUUUGCGGGAUGGGCAGACAAGAUUGAUGGACAGUCAUUAGACUUUGACCAAGGAUUAGCGUACACCAAGCGAGAGCCUAUCGGCGUUUGUGCUGCAGUUGUGCCAUGGAACACUCCCCUUCUGAUAACCGCAUGGAAGCUCGGUCCAGCCCUCGCAGCUGGAAAUACUCUCAUCAUCAAGACCCCCGAGCUAGCUCCCCUCUACGGUCAGAAGCUAGCCCAACUCGUCCUCGAAGCUGGCUUCCCACCAGGUGUGGUCAACAUCAUAACCGGUCUGGGCCCGGUAGCAGGCCAAGCCCUCGCCGAUCAUCACCAAGUCCGCAAGAUUUCCUUCACUGGUAGUCUGGCUGUCGGACGGACGAUCCUUGUCAGCGCGGCAAAGUCGAACCUCAAGAGAGUCACGCUUGAACUAGGCGGCAAAGGUCCAAGCAUCAUUUUUAACGAUGCCAAUUUUGAGAAUGCUCUUUCCUUUGCGACGGCAGGAAUCACAAUGCACAAUGGACAGAUCUGCGCGGCUGGAAGUCGCAUCUAUGUCCAGGAAGAUGUCUACGACCGUUUCGUUUCUGAGUUUGCGGCCAAGACGAGGGAUGCUGUCAUGGGCGAUCCUCUUCUAGAUGAUACGGUCAAGGGACCUGUUAUCAGCGCCACUCAGAAGGAAAGAAUCAUGGAAUACAUCACCAAGGCCAAGAGCGAAGGAAUAGAACUCUUGCACGGAUCAGCCGAACCCGACAGCAAGGGUAACUUUGUUCCCAACACUGCCUUCAUCAACGUCUCGCCCACGGCAACCAUCAUGCGCGAAGAGGUUUUUGGACCGGUCGCUAGCUUUGCCAAGUUCAAGACGGAAGAGGAAGUCAUCUCGCUCGCCAACGAUAACGAGUAUGGUUUGGCGGCUGCGGUCUUUACGAAUGAUAUCAGCAGAGCUGUCAGGGUGUCGGAUCAGAUUGAGGUGGGCAUUGUCUUUGUCAAUACCUGGGGCAGUAUCAGUGCAAAUAGUCCAUUUGGAGGUAUCAAGCAGAGCGGAUUUGGCAGGGAGAAUGGCACUGAUGCGCUUAAUGAUUGGACGCAGGUCAAGUGUGUCAAGAUUAAUGUUUUCAACUCGUGA